CUAUUAUUGUGCGACCACGCAUCGUCCUGCUGAUUAUUUCAAGAUGUCGUUGUGAGCCUGCAGCCUGCGUAUCGCUCAACGUGGCUACCCCCUGUCGAAUAGGCGCGAUGUUCGGGCACAGCCGACCCUUCGUCAUCACUCCAGCGCGUUAGUCUGCAUGGAGCAUCCUUGGGAGUAUCGGUAGGAUCCUGCUAUUUUGCAUCUUCUUUAACUUCUCGAUAUCUCCGCACUCAGAUUUUGUCUAUUCUGCCUCUUUUGCGAUCGUUUCUAUGAUGGCCAACGCCUCGUAUGCUGCACGGCAACCUCCUGCUGUGGAGAGCGAGAAGCCCGUUCAUGUGCUAGUCACUGGCUUUGGUCCUUUCCUCAACAGGUACCCCAAGAACUCCUCUUGGGAAAUAGCUUCCACCCUCCCUGCCCUCAUACCAGCCUCUCCGGGCAACCCAACGCCAAUCCACAUCCACAUACAUCAUGAGCCCAUCCGUGUGGCCUACAAGAAUGUCGUCGACACUAUCCCUAAGCUUCUCUGCAUGACGCCGCAGCCAGACCUUGUCCUCCACAUCGGCCUCGCAGCGAGCAGGAAGUUCUAUGCCAUAGAACAAGGGGCUCACUCCCGCGGCUACGGCAAGACGAGCGACGUGGACGGCGAACUGUUCCCAGACUCUGAAGCUCAAAAAGCGUUUCCAGACUCCAAGUACCCUUCAGCACUACAUACCGGCUUCGACACAGGGGAUGUGCUCUCCAGGUGGCGCACAUCAUUAGGCUACAACAACCCCAACGGUACCGCCAGCAUCGAGCGGCUCCCCGAACUGCGCACCAACUCCGACGCGGGCAACUUCCUCUGCGGCUUCAUCUACUACAACUCGCUCGCGCACUUCCACUCUCGGGACCCGGAGGCGGAGAAACCAGUCGUGUUCAUGCACGUGCCCGACCUGAGCGGGAGCGAGGCCAAGCUGCGCGAGGGCUGGGAGGUCGCUGUUGCGCUGAUCAAGGCGCUUGUGGAGAGUAGGAGGAAGGUGGGUGUUGGCAGCGGUGGGGAGAGGGGAGAGUGUGCGGGGCAGGAUGAUGAUGCGAGGAACAAUACUGCGGUAUGAGUGGAGGGGAGUUAUGGUGGAGCACGAUUGCAUCAAGGGUGCUUAAGACUGUCAAGUGUACGGGCAAGAUGAGUUUAGAGGGCAACGUGUGCAAAUUGGAGACAUGUGCUCUUUGGAAAUCUACGCAAGAUGUCGAGAAUGAAAACACUCCGAGCGCUUCCUCCAGCACCGAACACUGAAGACGUGUGCUCGCUAGGAUGGGUCUCAUACACCCAGAUCGUCGCCUAAC